UGUUUUUGUGUUUCGUUGUCCACCAUUACAUAUGGUGGCGCCUCAAAGAGUACGGAGUGCAUUGAAGUUACAUUUGCUUGGACAAGCUAUUAUAGAAGCACCCUCAUCAAGGAACUGGCCUAUUCUGUUGCUGUCUAAAUUGGCAUAAGUGGGCUUCACCAUGGCCGUGAUUGCGCGCUUUAGUCCUGCUGUGGGCUUUGCCAUUCUCUUGCUGACUGUCACAGUGACUGACGCUAAUUUGCGCUACCUCCGCACCGUGGCCUUCUCGGCACAGCGGACCCAGCGUGUCCUGCCCACCACGCCCGAGCAGGCCAUCGGCCUGUACAACCGGGUGGUCCGACCGGACGCGAACCACUUCGACGAGGACAGCGGCGUUUUCACCGCGCCCAUCAAGGGCGUCUACGCCUUGGCCUUCACCUUCCACGAGGCGCUCGAUGCCUCCGACCCAGCCAGCUACAUCAAGCUGGUCAGGGAGUCGUCUGACGGUGGGUCCGAGACUGACGUAGUGGCUACCGAGAGCUCACCGCCCCCAGCCUCCGGUUCGUCCAUCUCCGUGCCCGGUGCCUCCGUCAUGCUGGAAUUAGAGAAGGGGGACAAGAUGUACUUGGCCACAACCGAUGCAAUAGACGCAGAAGUCAGCCAGCCUAUCUCGUUCAGCGGUUAUCUAUUGACUCGAAUUGUAUGAAGUAUAACUCUGUAAUGACAUGAUGGAUGCAAUCACAGUUUCAACCUUACUAUCAGAAAUUAUAAACAUGCCGAAAAUUAUUGUAAUUAGAUGCCUGAUAACAAAACACCAUUUCGUUAUUGUUUCUUGAAGAGAGUUUGCGUACUAUUCAUGUUAUUUAUUAUAAGACACAAAUAAAAGAAAAAGAUAUAUGCAUUAUGUGACGUAUUUCUUGUUUUUAUAUUGGAGGGAAUAAUCAAAGGUGAAACCGUUAUUUAUUCAUUCUUUUUCACCUUGUAUCGCAAAUAUUGCUGCUGGAAAAAAAGGCGAGUACCAAUGUUUUCUACAGGAUGGGCUGCUUCAGUUUUGGGAUUAAACUCGGGAAACCCUGCAGAGAACUAUUUAACACUCGCAUAAAAUUCCAGCCUUGUUUUCUUUCAAAAUAAAAAAAUGAAAUAGACAUACUAAAA